AUAAUUAUCUCCUUGGCCAAAAAAGACUAAGAAAAUUUAACGACAACUGAAAACCUAUAUUUGUUUAAUACAAACUUCUAAUUUAGUCGUAUAUAUAAAGAGUAUCAACGCGAAAAAAGAAAGAAAGAUAAACUGAGUAUUGCUAACUGACUAUCCUUGACGUCUUUCUUUCGCCGCCUCUAACGCCGACGAGGGCCACCGUGAAAAAUCAACCAAACCAAUGUCGCCUUCACAGUUCUCCUCACUGCCUCAGGACAUCGUGUGGCAAGUCUUAGCCCGCGUGCCGAAACGCUCAUACCCACUCCUCGCUUGCACCUCCAAGAACUUCCGUCUUCUUGUUCGUUCGCCGGAGAUUCACAAGAUUCGCUCUCUCCUCCGCAAAGAUUCCCUCUACAUCUGCUUCAUGGACAAAACCAACCGUCCCCAGACCCCACACUGGUUCACUCUCCGCAGAACCGAGAAUAAUCCGAUAGAGAACGAGUACGUCUCCGUGGAUCUUGCGUUUCCUGAUCACGACGAGUCCAACGCCUCGAUCAUCGCAUAUGGCCCGGAGAUUUUCUUUGUAUGCGGAGCACACGUUCACUCAUCAAACCUGUGGGUCUUUGACUCUCGCUCUGGACAGUUUCGCCGAGGACCAAGCAUGAACGUGACUCGAAUGUACAAGAGCGUGGGGUUAGUCGGGAGUAAGAUAUACGUUGUCGGAGGCAACAUGGCCGGUGACAUUCAAGCCGAGUCGUUUGACCUGAAGACGGAAACUUGGGAGCCAGCGCCGAGUCUUGAGGAAGAGAUGACGUGGCUCUCGGCUGCCACGGUGUCAUUAGACAGGAAGGUUUGUGCGUUGAUGCUUGUUGGAGCCUGCGCUGUUUGCUACGACACUAGAGAUGGUUCUUGUACGGAGUUCAAGAUCAAAAUCGAAGAGUGGUGGAAAACGGGUGCGUGUGUGAUCGACAAUGUGCUCUACGUUUAUUACGGUAGACUCGGGUUGAUGUGGUAUGACACUAAGAUGAGGGUAUGGAGAUUGGUAACUGGUUUGGGUGAUCUCAAGAAGGUUCGGUCUGUUGGAAUGGUGGAAUACUAUGGAAAGUUGGCGGUUUUGUGGAAAGAACAUAGUGGUGGUGCAACGAAGGAGAUUUGGUGUAGGAUGAUUGGUUUGGAGAGGAGUGAAGAUGGGAUCAGUGGGACUGCAGAAGAGUCGUCUCAGCUUCUGGGGAGUGUUCCUCGUUGCUUUAGGUUGCACCGUGUUCUAUCUGUUUCAGACUAGAUUGAGCUAAUUAUUUUGAUGGGAUCUAUGCUCUGUUUCUUUGUUUUCCUACACCUUUCCGGAGACUAAAAGAAUAUUGUUCUGUUUUUGUUAAUGAGAACGAAGCCUGAAACGAGUUACAAUGCAUAUGUUAACUUGUAUGUCAAGUUUAUUCGAACAUGCAAUGGUUUGAAUAUUUUGAGAAACCAAAACCCGAGAAUAUUGAAAAUCAGUUCAAAAAAAAAAAAAACCCGAGAAUAUUA